AUGGUCAAGAAGUCGAUCGUCGCUGGUCUGGUGGUUCUGCUGGUGGCUGCGGUGUGUAUCUUCGUGGGCGUCUUUUUCGGGGUGGGAAACAAGAGGACCCCUUCGCCUUCAUCAGACCACUUCUACUCCAAGGCUGCGGUGGCGGCAGAUGCUGGAAAGUGCUCCGAAAUUGGGAGGGACAUCCUAAAGAGGAACGGCUCAGCGGUGGAUGCCUCUAUCGCCGCCCUGCUGUGUGUGGGGCUCCUGAACGCUCACAGCAUGGGCAUUGGAGGGGGGCUCUUCUUCACCAUCUACGACGCCUCCACAGGAAAGGUAGAAACCAUCGACGCGAGGGAGACUGCACCCAUGAAAGCAACGGAGGACAUGUUUGGCAAUAACACCCAGCUAUCCCGGAAAGGUGGGUUGUCCAUCGCCAUCCCCGGGGAGAUCCGUGGCUACGAGAUGGCACACAAGCGCCAUGGUAGGCUGCCCUGGUCAGAGCUGUUCGAGCCCAGCAUUGUGCUGGCCCGCCAAGGCUUCCCUAUAGGCAAGGCGCUGGCCAAUGCCAUCACCAAGAACAAGGAGUCCAUCAUGAGUGACGUGGCUUUAUGUGAAGUGUUUUGUGACACACACAAAAACAUCCUGAAGGAAAAUGAUAUUAUUAAAUUUCCCAAACUAGCUGACACCUACGAAAGGAUAGCAGAGGAGGGUCCAGACGUGUUUUACAAUGGGACCUUGGCAAAGACAAUCGUGGAGGACAUCCAGGCUGCAGGUGGUAUUAUAACGCAGGAGGACCUGCUGGGCUAUGAGCCUCUGCUGAAUGAGAACCCACUCAAACUAAAGGUGGGAGAGUACACCGUGUACAUCCCAGACGCCCCCUCCAGCGGACCCGUCCUCGCACUCAUACUCAACAUAGUUGACGGCUACAACUUCACAGGUACGAGCGUCUCCACCGCGGAGAAGAAGACCCUCACCUAUCACCGAAUUGUGGAGGCCUUUCGCUUUGCCUACGCCAAGAGGAGCCGACUGGGGGACCCUCGCUAUCUCAACAUCACAGACCUCAUUCAAAACAUGACCUCAGACUACUUUGCUGACGGAAUACGGAGUAAAAUCACAGACGACACCACCCACCCCGACAGCUACUACGAGCCGGAAUACUUCGUCCCGGACAACCACGGAACAGCUCACCUGUCCGUCAUAGCGGAGGAUGGCAGCGCAGUGGCUGCCACCAGCACCAUCAACCUAUAUUUCGGUUCCAAAGUUAUGUCUCGGUCAACUGGCAUCAUAUUCAAUGAUGAGAUGGACGACUUCAGCUCUCCCUACAUCACCAACGGAUUCGGGAUACCUCCUUCACCAAACAACUUCAUCCAGCCAGGUAAAAGGCCACUCUCCUCCAUGUGCCCAACGAUCAUCUUUGACAAAUAUAACAAAGUGAAAAUGGUGGUGGGCGCCUCUGGGGGCACAAAGAUCACCACUGCGACGGCCCUGGUCAUUCUCAACUCGCUGUUCUUCCACUAUGACCUGAAAAAAGCGGUGACAGAACCCAGGGUACACAACCAGCUCAAUCCCAACAUGACCGUGGUGGAGGAGGACUUUGAGCAGAGCGUGCUGGAUGGCCUGGCACAGAAGAACCACGUGACGGAACUGCUGAGAACCCCGGGGGCAGUAGUGCAGGCCGUGGUGCGGCAGGGGGACCAGAUCUGUGCCGAAUCGGACCCCAGGAAGGGCGGCUAUCCAGCAGGGUACUGA